AUGCCCACCGACCUCGAAGAUCUAAUCUCCUUCCUCCACCACGGCAACACCCAAAUCCGCCAAGUCGCAACCAACCACCUCGUCACCUACUCCUCCUCCCCCUCUCAAAUCACACUCUUCAAACACAACGACCUAGAACCCCUCCGCGACCUCAAACUCUUGAUCAGGGACUACGCACAAAUCUCCCAGGAUGCACUGACCAUCAUGAUAAAUCUGACGGGGUGUGGAGACGCGGAAGUGCUGGAGUGUCUUAGUCGGGAUGAGGGGUUUGUGGGGGAGGUGGUGAGGAAGAUUGUUGAUGAUGUUGGAGCACCGGCGGAGAAAGGGCAGGGGGAUGGGAGUGCAAAUGCGGAUCUGUGCUGUGCGUUACUGGCGAAUUUAGUGAAGGACGAUGAGUUGGCGAGGAGGUUGUUGAAGGCUGAGAGGGGGGUGCCGCCGCGGACGAAGGUGCGGGUGAAGUUAAAGACGAAUGAGAGGGGUGAAGUUGAGGCGACGAAGACGGAUGAGCCGGUCAGCGUGCAGAUAAGUACGAGCAAGCGUGUUUUGGACCAGUUGAUGGAUGUCUUUGUCAAGGGGGCAAAUAAUAGUCUGAAUCCAAAUGCGAACUACGACUAUUUGGCGUACGUGUUUGCGGACUUGAGUAAAUUUGAGGACGGAAGGAGGUAUUUGCUCGAGAGGCAGGAGUACGAUGGUGUUGUGCCGAUUACGAAAUUGGUUGUGUUUACGGAGCAUGGGAGUUUAAUUAGAAGGAAGGGAAUUGCGAGUACGAUCAAGAAUUGUGCGUUUGAGGUGUCGAAGCACGAUUACUUGCUUGGUAAUGAGAGUGAAGGUGGGGUGGGAUUGCUUCCGUACCUUUUGCUGCCCCUGGCUGGGAAUGAAGAGUUCGAUGCAGAAGACAGUGACGGGAUGUUGGUCGAGUUGCAGCUUCUGCCGCCGGAUAAGGAACGUGAAGGUGACGAUGAGAUUGUCGCAACACACUUGGAAACGCUACUGCUGUUAGGCACAGAGAAAAAUGGCCGGGAUGUGAUGCGGAAGGUCAAGGUGUAUCCGAUCGUUCGAGAAUUGCACCUAAAGAGAGAAGCCGAGGGAAUCCAGGAAGGUUGUGUGAGGCUAGUUAACGUGUUGAUGAGAGACGAGGGAGGAGAGGAAGAACAGAAGCAUAAUAGUAUCAAGGCCAAAGAGGAUGAUGAUUACAAGAUCGAGGAGGUCUUCUGA